AUCUUUCAAUAGGAUGCAUGACUGUUACUCUCGGAUAUCUUUUCUUCAAAUUAUUUUACAGCUGUGACAAUACCGAAUCAUGUUCUUUGCACCGUUUUAAAUGGCACAAGAUUUGGGCCACCUAAACCAGAAAAUCGAUGCGCAAUGCACUAAUACGCAACCUCAGGCAACGUUCAGACACUUCAAAUCGUAAUGUGACUUGUGCUUUACCAAUAAAAUUGCACAAUUCAAAAACUUUGUUUAAGUCGCAUAUACGGCGUGUUGCACCGCGAGAUAUCAUAAAAUACGUGCAAAACGUAGUGAUUUAUAAAAAUGUCAUUGAUAUUCACACCGAUAAACCAGAUCAGGUUGACAAAUGUCGCUGUGGUACGAAUGAAAAAAGGUGGAAAGCGAUUUGAAAUCGCUUGUUACCGAAAUAAGGUUGUAUCAUGGAGAAACAAGUUGGAAAAAGAUAUAAACGAGGUACUUCAGACUCAUACAGUCUUUACAAACGUAUCCAAAGGUCAGGUAGCGAAGAAGGAGGAUUUGAUAAAAGCUUUUGGCAAAGAAGACCAGACAGAAAUUUGCAAGGACAUCCUUGAGAAGGGGGAACUUCAGGUGUCUGACAAGGAGAGACAUUCUGCUUUGGAUUCUAUGCUUAAGGAUAUCGCUACAACUGUAGCAGAAAAAUGCGUAAAUCCAGAGACUAAACGACCCUACCCUGUUUCAAUGAUUGAAAAGGCCAUGAAAGAUAUUCAUUUCUCAGUGAAACCUAAUCGCAAUGCAAAACAACAAGCUUUGGAUGUUAUACAACAACUAAAAACUGUAAUGCCUCUCGAACGAGCUCAGAUGAGACUCAGGGUUCUUAUAACAGGCAAGGAAGCACGAAAAUUAAGAGAGAAAAUAAUGAAACUGGCUGCUAAAGUUGAAUCUGAAGAUUGGGACAGUGGAAGCUUGAAUUUGAUUUGUCUAAUUGAUCCAGGGCAGUACAGGGAGAUUGAUGAACUGGUACGCUCUGAGACUAAAGGCCAUGGUAUACUGGAGUUAUUGAAUUUGAAGGAAGUUACAGAGGGAGAACAAGUUUUGGAAUAAAAAUGUGUAUGAGACAAUAAAGUUUUUGCAUUCUUCGUACGAUUUUAUCGCGGAUUCCGAAACUUGCUUACAUUUGAUACAUCAACUACGUCAAUAAUAGCUUUUGUAAUGACUUCUUCUAUGAAGACAUAAAUUUUGGUUUUUAUUACGUUUUUACGUCUUACAUAUAUAUAUAGAUAUAUAUUUUACGUAAAGUUCUAUGUAAACGAUUAUCGUAGAUUAAGUUGUUAGAAUUGUCAUUUAAUAAAUAUACGUUCUACAUGUA